UGAGGAGCGUGCGCAGUGUAGGUGCUGUGGCAUCCACGGGGAGAGUUGACCCCGGGCAGGGGAGGAAUAGAGCCAGUGGGUGGACUGAAAGGCUUCACAAGUAUCUUUUGUACGUCUCAGGAUCCGAAUAAGAAUCUAGAGGUUCCGCGUUUUGACCAAACGCAGCAAUAGCAGCGGGGCUUCCGAUGACAGCCCCGGGGUAACGGCCGCCAUCUUGACAGCAGGAAAGUGCAGAAGUGCGCAUGCGCGGGCAUCCCUGUCCCUUUCAGCAGGAGAGAAUGUUGUGCAUUUCUAUCCUGGACUGACAGGGAUGGAUUUUGGAAACUCCUUUUACAGGAAAUCGGAAAGGGAGGAUUUGGAAGUGGGAAUCUCAAACCAAGCAUCAGAUCAAGGCCUGAAAGAGACACUCAAAUCAUCAGGAUCUGAAUACCAUUGGAUUUUGAACAUGGAAGGAAAAAGCACCGUUCAUAGUGAGGAGAAACUGUACACGUGUUCUGUGUGUGGACGAAGAUUCAGCCAAUCAUCUGGCCUUCCGAAACACAAGUGCAGUCACGACUGGGUGAAUCGUUGGAAAUGUGGGGACUGUGGGAAAGGAUUUAAUUACCCGUCUGAGCUGGAAAUUCAUUAGCGCAGUCACACCGGGGAGAGGCCGUUCACCUGUCCCGACUGUGGGAAGGGAUUCACUUGUUCAUCUACCCUGCUGACAUACCAGCGAGUUCACACUGGGGAGAGACCAUUCACCUGCUCUGAGUGUGGAAAGAGAUUCACUCAGUCAUCCACACUGCUGAGACACCAGCGAGUUCACAAGUAACUAGAGUGAUGGAAUUUUCCGACUGAACCAUGUUCAUUGGGGUCUGUUUCUGCUGAUGUUAAUGAAUUCUAGCCCAGUUAUAGAACAUAAGAAAUAGGAACAGGAGUAGACCAUUCGGCCCCUCCAGCCUGCUCUGCCAUUCAAUAAGAUCAUGGCUGAUCUUCUCGUGUUUCGAUUUCCACAUUCCCAUCUAACCCUGAUAACCUUUGAUCCCCACCUUUGAUUCCCAUAUUAUGGAUAAAAGUCAAAUAAAUCAGCUUUGUGUAAAACA